GCGCGGUCAUCAUGAUGUUGCCCGGCAAGCCGCUGAGCGCCGCGGACGCGAACGCGCCCCCGCCCGCGAAGAAGCCGAAGACGACGACGAAGACUCCGCCCGAUCCCACGGAAUCGAUCGUCGGCAAGCUCGGCGUCCUGACGAACGCGCAGCUCGUCGCCGUCGUUCGCACGCUGCUCGAACGCGGUGCGGUCUCGCCCGAGCUCGUCGAGUCGAUCGUCCCCGCGCCGGACCUGAGCCCGCUCUUCGCGGAGGGCGAGCAUCUGUCGUACGAGAUCCAAAAGGCGUUGCCCGCGUCGCGAUACGGCAGCGCCACGGAUCACUACGGGUACAAGAGAUGCGCGUCCGCGUGCGCGGCGUGCAAGCGGUUUAUUCUCGACAACGCGAAGGCGUUCAAAAACGCGAAGCAGUGGGGAACGUUGAAGGACUACUGCGCCGGGAUGCUGCCCGUCGCGGAGAGCAUGGUGGUGUUCGACGUCGAGAACGAUAAUAAGACGCGCAAGUAGUGCAUCGACGCGCUCGUCAAGCUCCAAGAAGAGGCGACGAAGAAGCUCUAGCUCGCGAGAUGAGCAUACCUCGGAUCUGAUGAAUCCAAUGAAUCG